CUGGCCGCCAAGCUGGAUGGACGUGGAGCACCUCGGCUCCCCAGUGAAACCUGAUAACCAGCCUCAAACUAUCCCUUCUUACGUCCAUAACCCCAUGCCGCUACCAGAAGACAUGUGGAACCCAAGCAGCAACCUCCGGUACAAUUAUCAGCUCCCGUCCUGCCGGCGGCACCGACCGAUGGGCUGAUGGGUUUGCGGCCUGCUGUGAGGCUCUGGCGGGAGAAACGGACGAUCUCCCGUGCUUAGUCCGGCGGGACCUCUCCCACGCCUACUGAGGGCCCCGUUCUCCCCCCCUAUGGGCCGGUGGGGGUUAUCCCGGUCCCCACCAGGGACGCAGUGCUCAAUAAUAGCAUCUGGGCAGUGAAGAAAGCAGCCUGGGACCGCAUGGCAAAAACCAAGAUGGCCGCCGCGUCUACCACAAGCUGGAGAGCUGGGGCUGUAGCAACUGAGCAACUGCUGGGUACCAUCUGAAGCCGGUGCCGAUCAGACAACUGCACGCUGGCAACAAGCCGCAGACAAACAAAGCAAUCUCCGUGUCCACCCUGACCAUCGGACAACUCCAAUGGUAACAACUCACCACGCAAACAGAGAAUAAUUUCGGCUCGCUACAGAGAGCAUCGUCCACACCACCUGAGGUAUCGCCCCCCCCCACCCACUGUCACUGGUGUGUCUGUGUGGACUGUUUCAGGACUCUGAACCUAACUAUACCUGUGGGGAUGAUGGACAUGGGGCGCGGGCUCUACUCUCUGCCUGGGGUUGGUGCCAGCAGUCACACAGGACCGGACACAUCCAUAACAUGAGCUACACCAGACCCAAUCCCAGCUAAGACACCGGCCGAUCCAGUACAGCCACAGGAGCGACUAGGCGGAUGCCUACCACAUUUGCACCCAACUACUGUAUAUUCUUUAUUAUCUCAUUAAUAACUUCAUUCUGUGUUUAAUACAGUAGAUGUUAACUCUGCAGCUCCCCACUGACAGCGCCUAGGCCUCUUAAGCCUGCACAUAUACCCUCCCUGGCAAGCCCAGUGCCCCAAGGUCCCUUGGAGGUUAAACCAUGCCAUGUAAUUACACGUCAGUACGUACCUACACUUAAUCUAUGUCGGACCUGUCCAACCUGGCUAGUCGGUCACAAACCCAGAAAGUGGCAUCACAUGACACUUGAUAAUCCCAGGGAGCAGGGAGUUUAACCCAGUUCCCCUAAUAUCAUCUACACAGCGAGUGUCAACCAGAGGAAUCUUAGCAUGUCCACUUAACUACUACGGUCUCACAUAGCCAUGUCUGACUAGCCACGCAGGUCACCACACUAAAUGUACACAUCUCUCGUGAAAUCUAUUAGGCUAACCCAUGUCUAUGCUACCCUGUUUUGCCCAACACUUGUUUGAAUGCCUUGACAACUUCUCUGAUAAGCCGGUUUAAUUUCUUUUGCAUAAACAAAAAAAGCGCAACAAAUCACCUUUACCACUAUGUCACCGUAUUAACUCAUGUAACCUGUUAAAUGUCAUAACCUCACAAUGUAUCUGACAAUGCGCUUCAAAAAUAAAUUAUAAAAAAAAACAAAAAAAACAUUCCAGCAUGUCACAAUCUAAUUGACGGGAAUUUGACGCUAGUAACCCAUGGUUGAAAGAGAGUCUCUGUAAAGAAGAGUCAAAAAUCAAUGGGAGGGAGAGGGGUGAGGGCAAGGGUUGACACUCAUGGCAUCAAGACAUGCUCUGUUUGAGCUUCUCACCUGGCCUUCCCUUUUGCCUCGCUUUCAGCCAUCCAGUGCUCCAAAUCUGUUCCUAGUGGAGACUCACCAGAUACUUGACCUUGCAGGAACACACUUCACCAGAGAAAUAUUACAAUCUCUGACUGAGGUAAAGACUUACCUGGCAGGGGAUAUAGAGAGAUCUGCAAGGGAGGUCAAGGCGCAAAUUGAAGUUGUGGGGACCCACAAUGACAUAUUAGAAAGACACAUGGAAUCUGUGGUUAUCGCUCAUAAUGGAACUGCUACACUCACCAACACCUUACUAAGAGAUGACAGUUAAAGAUAUAUCAAAUCGUUGGAGGAACAAAUUGAGGUUACGGGGCCUACCUGAAACUGUCCCAGACACAGAUCUUACACAGGUGCAUCUAUAGUGCUUUAAGGCAGCUUUACCAGAUAUCACUGAGCGCUUUACAGUGUGUAUAGAGCCCUGCACGCAAAGGCAGACCGCUAAGAAAUGUCAAUACUACGUUUCCACCACUAUACCACCAAGGACUAAAACAUUGCAGAGAUAACCCCUACACGGAUACAGGGAUGACACUACAAUUGCAACAUAGCACCAACCAUGUUACUGCAUAGGAGGCAAAUGGAAGCCCAUAACAAACUUCGUUAAAGUCAACAUUCUUAAGUUUGCAUGGGGUUUCCCUCUCAGGAUAAUGGUCAAGAGGCCACAUCCAUCUAUACUAGUACCAAACACCUAUCAAUUCACGUUCCUAACAGGUCAGGGAAUAGAGGUAGAGGGGCCUGAGGGAUUUGACUCCGGACAGAGGACCUAAGGGGCUGGGUAUGGAUGCUGAGCCAGGAGCAACGCCAAUGAAGACGCCUCAUGAAGGAUCCCUACAAUCAUAUAGCAGGAGGCAAAACUAAGUCUCUGCUGCAGAUUGCAGUUCAUAUCAUUUGACUUAACUGUUUCAAAGACUAAUUCUAUGUGCUAAUGUUUUUUUUGGUGAUGUCUGGUUCCAGGAAAGACCAUGGAUGGAUAUGGCAAGUAAUGCAAUGAGUGUACUAAAAGAUAAAAAAAUAAAAAAAAAAUUUCCUCACUAAGAGGCAUCCUCCACAGUUGGGCUAAGACUUUUAUAUGGCACUCUUAUGCUCACUGUGGCGGUAUACCCAUGAGUAGCUGGGUUACUACCGCUUUAGUAUUCCCUUCCCUUAGUGUUGAAGCUCUAAAGUGAUUAAGCUCUCUUGCAGAGGGUAUAUCGGUCUCACCUAAACACUAGCAGAGACUUUGUGAAUGGUGAAAGUGAACUGAUUUUAUUGAGCAAAGGCACAGGAAUAUAUACCGAGAUAAUUGAGUCAGCUCUCUGUUAAAAUAUCUCCUGGAUACAGACAGCGCAAUACAAAAUUACCCAAAACACAUCAUAUAACAGAGCACACCCACAAGUCCUAUAUCCUCGGAAAGGUUUCUCUGGAGCGUCCAUAUCCCCAAAAAAAGGUCUCUCUGGAGUGCCUAAAAACUACCUGGAUCGGAUGUAGCUAGCCCGAGUUAAAUGGAAGUGCUAAGUUCAGGGGGACGCGGCAAGCCUCUGAGCCGGCGCAGAGUUCCAGAGUGCUGGGUUGAGUUCCCCGGUCACAUAAAAACACAGCAUUUUCCAUGAGUGCAUGGAGCUCCCCCACUGGUGUCAUUCGAUGCCUCACCACCUCCUCCAUAAAUCCUCCAAAAAGCACCCUGAUUGAUGGUCCUGGGACUGAGCGCGCUCUGAUUUGAGAUUUAAGUGACUCUGUGGUCUGCUUUAGAGUUCCAGAGAUCAGGGUUAUUCCCAGUCAGGCACGCCAUGCCUCAGCGGCCCCUUGGCUGGUGAAAGGUGACUCCAGGGCUGAUAGAAAGGGACGCUCUGCUGAGGGGUUAACAUAUAGUGAACAUAGCCCUUUGAGAGAGGGGUGGUGGUUGGUGAGACAUGUAUUCUGCUUAAAUGACCUGAGGGUUCAUUACACCCACAUCAGAGAUACGUCAAGGCCCCCAUCAUAAGGGGCAUACCGGCAUAGGGUGGUUGGGGGGGACACGGCCCUAGGCUACAGCUUGUAACAAACUUCAUGGCAUUUGAUACUCUAAUGUGCCUAGUAUAAACCUUGUGAUUGGAAAGUGAAACACUUCAUACCAUAACAUAUAUAGAAAAAACAAUAUAUGACAAAUCUAUUAUGACAAGGGUAAAUACAAAUCUAUUUCUGAUUCAGUAUAUAUGAAUCUUUAUUGGAGGAUGGUCGGGGAUACACAUCUGCAUUAAACAGCAAUAAGAGAGGAAGGACCUGACAUCUCUAUAACCCCCUAAAAAGUUUGUAAUCACAAAAGGCUCAUCGAAGAUUACCAGAAGGAGCAAAAACAUGUUUCCACAAAAUAGGUGUUAGAAGUGGGGGUGGGAAUAGAGGUUGAACCAGGAUCAUAAGAGGUUAUUAGGCAUUUAGGCACUAUAUUGCAAAGAUUAACUUUGUGUUACCGGAAGCUUUAAGAAGGGGAAGGUGAAAACUUCAUAUCUUGGGAGCAGCCCUCAGCGGCUGGAUAUCCUCCAGCUGUAGGUCUGGAAGGGCGGGGUCCCAUCUCCCAAAUGAUCCAGCAUCGAAUAAGCCCAGGGACGUGGUUUGAUAUGUUUCUUAUGGUUGGUGCGCUUUUUCUUCUUCAUAUUUAUACUCUUUUCACUGUAUAUCUUUCACUUUCCUGUCUUCACUUGCUUCCUGACGCACACUGCGUCUGGACAUAAGCUAAAAUACUGAGCCAAAGUCAUGUCUAAUUCUGAUUCGGUUACUUUCUCAAGGAGGUCAGAGUGAAUCAGGGUCGGCCAAAUGUGAGUCCCAUGUCAUGCUCUCACUACACAUAUUUGCACCAUGACACAAGAUAACAUCCCUAAAUGCUAAUGGACUAAAUGUACCCAACAAACACAGAUUACUACGAAUAGAACUAAAAAGGCAGAGGGCAGACAUAGUCUUCAUUCAGGAGACGCACUUACCCCUGUCCUCUAAGAUACAUUUAACAGAUCAAGUGUAUGAGAUUUACAGAUUUCUUUUCCACAAACACAACACUGGGAAUGCAGUGGGUCAG